AUGGCUGCCGGAGCCUCUACCGUCGAAAAAGGUCACCGGCUAGACAACGAUGCUGCUGCUGCACCACCGCAUACGACUUCGCCCAAAUCAUCCUAUGUGUCCAAAAUUAAGGAUGCUGCUUCGACUGCCUAUAGAAAGACGGUCGUCGGGCCGCUGCUGCGGCGUAAGAGCAUCGCCCCAACCGACGGCGGUCGACGUGUCCCGCUGAGCAUCGAGCACGUCCAGCCGCUCGUCGACACCCGUCGUGGCCAGUCGUACAUUUCCAACGAUAUUCGCACCUCACGCUACACCGUCUGGGAUUUCAUCCCUAAACAGCUGUUCUUUCAAUUCUCCCGCGUUGGAAACUUUUACUUUCUCUGCGUUGGUAUUCCUCAAACGAUCCCGGGUCUGUCCACCACUGGAACAUUCACCACCAUUUUACCGCUGCUGUUCUUUGUACUACUCACCAUGGUCAAGGAAGCAUACGACGACUACAGAAGAAGCCGCCUCGACAAGAUUGAAAACGCCAGCUUCACCACGACGUUGGGACGCAAGGACCAUCACACCGGCAAAGUUAAGCCCCCGACCUGGAUCCAAAAAUGGAAUCCAUUUUACGUCACAAACACCGCGCAGCCCCCGAUCCUUCCAGACGACGAGUAUGAGGGAGUUAGAUGGGUCCCCAGCCGCUGGAGAAACCUCAAAGUCGGAGAUGUCGUCAGGCUCAAUCGCGACGACCCUGUUCCUGCCGACAUCGCGCUUAUCUGGACCAGCGACGAAAAUGACGUGGCCUACAUCGACACCAUGGCCCUCGACGGUGAGACCAACCUCAAGAACAAGCAGCUGUCCUCUGCGCUCGGCGGCUGCGGCACCAUCGAGGGCAUUGCCAAAUGCAAGGCCAACUUCUUCGUCGAGGACCCGAACCCACAACUCUUCAGCUUUGACGGCUCCGUUUCUGUCGACGGCAAAUCUGUGCCCCUCACCCUCAACGAAGUGAUCUACCGAGGCAGCAUUGUCCGAAAUACGACGGCCAUCGUUGGCCUCGUCAUAAACACCGGAGAAGAAUGCAAGAUUCGCAUGAACUCAAAUCAGCAUCCCUCCGCCAAGAAGCCCGCGCUCGAGAAAGUCGUCAACUGCGUUGUCGUAACCCUUGCCAUCUACGUCGUUGUCUUGUCCGUUGGUGUCUCCAUGGGCUACGUCAAAUGGCAGCGCAGCUACGAGAGAAAGGCCUGGUACCUCGAUCAAGCCGGCGUCCCGUUCUACCAGAUUAUUAUAGCGUUCAUAAUCAUGUUCAACAACGUCGUCCCUCUUGCCUUGUACAUUUCCUUGGAAAUUGUCAAAAUUGGACAGUUGCUUCUGCUCAAUUCCGACAUUGGCAUGUACGACGAGGAGACCGACACUCCUGCCAGAUGCAACACCAACACCAUUUUGGAAAAUCUUGGUCAGGUUGGGUAUAUCUUUUCCGACAAGACUGGAACUCUCACGGACAAUAUCAUGAAAUUUCGCAAGAUUAGUGUAGCUGGAACCGUGUGGCUGCACCAGAUGGAUCUGGUGCCAGACGACGAAACCACCACCGCCACCAGCCUGGGGGAUUCAUCCCGAGAGCCUUCGCUAGACAAGCCCGACCCAUUUCCCACUUCGCCAAGGAGUCCGAUAAGUCCGAUGAGUCUCGGCUUCAUGAACAGCCCAAUGUCACCGCGCAUGUCCAUGGGAGCUCGACCCUCUCUGGGCGGUAGGCGCUCCUCCUCCCACUGGCGCUCUACCGGGCGUCCCGAUCACGUCCAGCCAGAAGUCGAUACGACCGAUUUGCUGCACUAUGUCCAGCUCCGACCCCACUCCGCCUUUGCCAGAAAAGUCAAGCAAUACAUCCUCGCAAUGGCGCUUUGCCAUACAUGUCUCCCUGAGCGUACCAAUGACAAGAUUGAGUUCCAGGCCUCUUCCCCCGACGAAUUGGCGCUUGUCCGUGCCGCGCAGGAACUAGGCUACCUCGUCGCUCAACGAACAGCGAAGCACGUCACUGUGGAAAUGACGCAAGCCGACGGCCAGCUCGAGAGACAGACAUAUGAAAUUCUCGACAUCAUCGAGUUCAGCAGCAACCGCAAGCGAAUGUCCAUUGUCCUUCGCCGCCCCGACGGCCGCGUUACCGUCAUCUGCAAGGGAGCUGACUCCGUCAUCCUUCCCCGCCUGAAGCAGUCGUCCCUUGCUAUGCAGAAAGCCACCGAAGUCCGCGCGAGCGCCGAUCUCGAGCACGAAAUGUUGCGUCGCAGCGAGCAGCACCAGCCGAGAAACAGCUUUGGAGGCAGGCCUAGUCUGACUGUCCGGCACAACACUAGCUUUCAGAGGCCGGACGCGAACAUGCGACGGUCAGUGAUGCAUCGCAGCAAGUCCUUUGAGCUCAAAAAGCUUGUAAGAAGCUCGGAAGAUGGUGUUCGAGCAGGGGCGUCCACCCGAGGCCUGUCAAUGGAUAUCAAUCGCGGGCACAUUCGUACGAGCGCCAAUCCUCACUUUACCGCGCUUCCAGAGAACCUGCAGUUCCUCGACGACCCCUGUAUCAACGACGAGUCUGAAGUAUUCUCCAAGUGCUUCAAGCAUCUCGACGAAUUCGCUUCCGAAGGGCUUCGGACUUUGCUUUUUGCCCAGAAAGACAUCUCGGAGCAGGACUACCUCGCGUGGAAGCAGGUGUACGACGAUGCGACAACAAGUCUUCUGAAUCGGCAGGACAUGAUAGAAUCUGCCGGUGACAUGCUUGAACAGGCAUUCUCACUUGUUGGAGCCAGUGCCAUUGAAGAUAAGCUUCAGAAAGGUGUUCCCGAGACCAUCGAGAAACUCCGCCGAGCCAACAUCAAGAUCUGGAUGCUUACUGGUGACAAGCGAGAGACUGCCAUUAAUAUUGCCCAUUCAGCACGACUCGUUCGUCCCGGUUCGGACAUUUAUAUCUUGGAUAUUGCUAAAGGCGCCCUCGAAUUUCAGCUCAUUGCUCUUACCGAAGACCUUCAAGGCGGUGCCCCCCACAGUGUGGUUGUUAUUGACGGACAUACUCUGGGCGUCGUCGAACAGUCCCCGACCUUGUCGAAGCAGUUCUUCGACAUUAUGCUCAAGGUGGACACUGUCAUUUGUUGCCGUGCCUCACCUGCGCAAAAGGCGCUGCUCGUCCACACGGUUAGGAGUCGUCUCAGCAGAUUUAGCCUCACCCGCCGCAGCGGUCUCACUCUGGCUAUUGGCGACGGCGCAAACGACCUCGCCAUGAUUCAGGCCAGUCAUGUCGGUAUUGGCAUUUCUGGUCGCGAAGGCUUGCAGGCUGCGCGUGUGGCCGAUUACUCCAUUGCCCAGUUUCGCUUCCUGCAACGUCUGCUCCUCGUCCACGGCCGCUGGAACUAUGUCCGCACCGCCAAGUUUAUCAUUUGUACCUUUUGGAAGGAAAUGUUCUUUUAUCUACCGCAAGCCAUCUACCAGCGCUACAACGGCUACACCGGUACAUCGCUGUACGAAGCUACUAGCCUCACGGUGUUUAACACUCUAUUUACUAGUCUGUGUACAAUCUGCAUGGGUAUUUGGGAGCAAGAUUUGCGCGCGGAUACACUGCUCGCGAUACCAGAGCUUUACGUGUAUGGUCAGUGCGACAUGGGCUUGAAUGUGUGGAAGUUUGCCCGCUGGAUGCUUCUUGCGGCCAUUGAAGGUGUCAUGACUUGGUAUGGCGUGUGGGCCGGCUACGGCUGGAUGACCCCUCGUGUCAAGGAUGACGGUCUGUAUGCCAUGGGCACACUCGUGUUCACUACCAGUGUCCUGUGGAUCAACUGGAAGCUGUUCAUUUUCGAGACGCACUACAAGUCGGCCAUUGUCAUGGGCUCCUUCUUUGUGACUACGAUUGGCUGGUUCGCUUGGGUGUCUUUCCUCGACUUCAUCUUUGCUGGCACGCCUUCGGGUCCCUACGACGUCAAAUACAGCUUCCGCAACAAAUGGGGUGGCGAUGCUGUCUGGUGGGCGACGUUGUUUGCCGUCCUCGGCGCCUUGGGGCUGAUGGAGCUCACGAUGAAGGUAAUCAAGCGACACAUGAUCCUGGCGGGUCUCUGGAAGUGGCCGCCGUGGAAGAACCCCGGUCUGAGCGAGAAUGUCGAGGAGUGGGACCUCGAACUGUGGCAGGAGCUGGAGAAGGAUGCGGCGGUACAGGCCAAAUUGAAAGUCAUGGCCGGGGAGCAUGAUGAGCAGGAGGUGGAUGUGGAAGAGGAUGUGGAAGAGGAUGUGGAAGAGGAGGAUGAGUAUCUGGAGAGGGGGCCGGUCGAGGAGACGGUCGAGGUGUGCGCGAGCCAUGACGAUGAGGAGAGAGGAGAGUGCGGCGGUGCUGAUGGUGAGAAGAAUGGGAGAAAAGCAUUUGUUUCUUCGGCAUGGCGCAAAUUGAGAAAGUGA